AAACGAGGCUGUCAAUACCGGGUAGCAGGGUGAGUUGAAACAGCUGAAGUGUUACACGCAGUGAGGAGACUGAGGUUCAGACUGAGAUCUUCUGAAGCAGACUUCACCAUGCCAGUUACGUUUGUCAUUAUUGGAGCAGGCUCCAGGGGGAUGACUUACAGUCAGUAUGCCAAACACUACCCAGAUGACAUGCAGAUUGUGGGAGUAGCAGAUUGUCGAACCCUCAGGGCUCAAAGAGCUCAGAAAACCUUUAAUAUCCCUGACAGUCAUGUUUUUUCAGACUGGAGAGAUGUUGCUGCUGUAGAAAAGUUUGCAGAUGCUGCCAUCAUUGCCACCCAGGAUAAGGACCACAAGGAACCAGCAGUUGCUCUGGCCAAGAAAGGUUAUCACAUUCUUCUGGAAAAACCCAUGGCGACAACUGAGGAAGACUGCCUGGAGAUUGUGUCUUGUUGUAAAGAGAACUCUGUCCUACUGGCUGUGUGUCAUGUGCUCAAGUACACUCCUCAAGCCAUGAAAAUCAAAGAGCUGAUCGACUGUGGAGCUAUAGGUCAGGUCGUGAAUAUUCAACAUCUGGAACCAAUAGGGUUUUGGCACUAUGGCCACUCUUACGUGCGAGGAAACUGGAGACGGGAAGACGAGAGUAGUUUCUGUCUAAUGACCAAGUCCUGUCAUGACCUUGACCUUAUCUGCUACUGGAUGGGGAGGAGUAAAUGUGUAAAGGUGUCAUCAUUCGGACAGCUGACACACUUUACCAAGGAACACAAGCCCGAGGGGGCAGCCAAUCGGUGUCUGGACUGUAAAGUGGAGAAGGAAUGUCCUUACUCUGCCGUCAAGCUUUACCUGAAUCAAGUCAAACAGGGAAAUACUCACUGGCCUGUUGAUGUUGUGGUGGACAUUCCUGACAUUGAAAGCGUGACAGAAGCUCUAAGGACUGGCCCAUACGGGCGAUGUGUGUAUGACUGCGACAAUGAUGUUGUUACCCACCAGGUGGUGAACUUACAGUUUGAUCAAGGUCAGACCGUCUCCUUCACCAUGGUGGCCUUUACAGAGUCUGUCUGCCGACGAGAAGUCAAAGUCCAUGGCACCAUGGGGGAGCUGACAUGUAAGUUUGGGGGACCAGUCUAUCAAUAUGAUUUCCGCACCAGAAAAAUGAUAACACACAGCCCAGAGCUUAGCAAUGCUCCAGCGGGUCUGUCAGGUCAUGGUGGGGCAGACUAUCGGACAAUCAGGUCCUUCCUCAAGGCCCUUCAGACAGGUGAUUCGUCUUUGCUGUCAACUGGACCAGAAGAGAGCCUCAGAAGCCACCUCCUGGUCUUUGCUGCUGAGAAGGCCAGGAAGGAAAAUAGAGUUAUCUCCCUGUCACUGUAAAGUAAUCUGUGCUGCAGAGAACGCCAGGAAGGAAAGUAGAGUUACCUCCGUGUCAAUGUAGAUAAGGACACGUGACAGGAACCUGCUCCAUUAAUGUUGAGGGACCAUGGAAAUGCUUUCUGUGUUUGCAUGUGUUCAUCCUUCUGUUGUCACACCUUUUUCUGUGAAGAUAUCUAUGACCGUUUUCAACCAGUCAAGUUCAUACACAAUGGUUUGAGACCAGGGAGCUUGAUUUUCCUCACUCUACAUACUCCAGUAUGUCUGCUGUGACUUGCCCUGGAUGUCCUUGUGAACAGAUUUUGAACCAAUGUAGAGAUCAAUGUGGAGAUCCUAAGACACUAAGCCAGUGCUAAUAUCAUCAAGUGUCUUAUGCUGCUACACUGCACAUAUUGUUUUCGCUUUGGAAAGGUAUUCCAUUUAUAUUCAGGAUGUGUUUUAUCAUGUUAUAAUCUAGAAAUUAUACUUCCUAGCCUUACAUGUAUAUCAAAUACACAAUUUACCUUAACUUUCAUGGGUCUUGAACCAUUCUUUACAUGGAUUAGUCCAGUUUUGAUAACUGUAUGCAUUUUUAUAUGUGAAUUAUUCAGCUUUGAGUUGGUAUUUCCCGGAAGAUACCAUCCUUUAUUCCACACGUUUGAAAAGUGAUUGAUACAUGUAUACAUCAUGUACUUCCAUGUUUCAAGCUGUAGGAUUUACUCCGUCUUGACUGGUGUUUUGGGCUAUAUAUGUGACAGGUGUUUUGGGCUGUAUGUGUGGAAGGUGUUUUGGGCUGUGUAUGUGACAGGUGUUUUGGGCUGUACAUGCAACAUGUGUUUUGGGCUGUACAUGUGACGGGUGUUUUGGGCUGUAUGUGCAACAGGUGUUUUGGGUUGUACAUGCAACAGGUGUUUUGGGCUGUAUUUGUGACAGGUGUUUUCUGCUGUAUAUGUGACAGGUGUUUUGUGCUGUAUGUGUGACAGGCAUUUUGGGCUGUAUAUGUGACAGGUGUUUUGGGCUAUAUAUGUGACAGGUGUUUUGAGCUGUACAUGCAACAGGUGUUUUGGGCUGUAUAUGCAACAGGUGUUUUGGGCUGUAUGUGCGACAGGUGUUUUGGGCUGUAUAUGCGACAGGUGUUUUGGGCUGUAUAUGCAUAUGCCACUGGCUUUUUAUGUUCCUUUCACUACUGCCGUUUAAAGAUGUAAGCAAGAUUUAUAUUUGCUCCAGUUUUGAGAGUUGUUUUACACAAUCUGCAACAUUUGCCAAAUCCAUGCAUUCAUGUGAAUGUUCGUUGGAAGCUGUUACAGGACAGUUACAUUGUUGCAGAAAUGAGAAAGUUUAUUAUGUGCAGUAUGGUGCAUUUUCAGCGCUACUUGCUUUAUUAAAGAUAUAUUUCUUGAGUUUCUACACUAUUGUUAUACUGUUAAGGCUUCAUGUGGUUGUACUGAGGUUCCACAAUAUUGUUAACACUUAAUGUGGCUGUCCUGAGUUUCCGUACUACCUUUUUACUGUUAAGGCUUUAUGUGGUUGUACUGGGGUUCCACACUACUGUUAAGGCUGCAUGUGGCUGUACUGAGAUUUCACAUUACUGUCAAGGCUUCAUAUUGCUGUUAAGGCUUCAUUUGAUUGUACUGGGGUUCCACACUCCUGUUAAGGCUUCAUAUGGUUGCACUGGGGUUCCACACUACUGGUUUACUGUUAAGGCCUUAUGUGGUUGUACUGAGUUUGUACAUUAGACAGCUGUUUCACUGUUAAGGCCUCAUGGGGUUGUACUUAAGUUCCUGAUAACUGUUUUACUGUUACGGCCUCAUGCAGUUGUACUCAGUUUACACACUACUGUUAUACUGUGAUAAACCCUUCAGGUGGGGCCUUGGUAUGUGGGAAGGUCUGUCAACAACCUGCAGAUGGUUGUGGGUUUCCGGUGGGCUCUGCCCGGUUUUCUCCUACCAUAAUCCUGGCAGCCGUGGUAUAAGUGAAAUAUGGCAAUCUUGAGUACGGCAUAAAACACCAAUCAAAUAAAUAAAUAGAUAAAUCAUUCAGGUACUUUUGCUGAGGUCCUAGACUACUGUUUCACUGUUAAGGCUUUUCAAGUGGCUGAACGCAGUUAGUAGGUUACCCUAAUUUGUAGUAGGCUGCUGUCAACUUGUUGUUAUUACGGGCCUUUUAUCACCUGAAGAAUUGCGUAAUUGUGUAGACUGGCAUCAUUCCCAACAUUACAGCCAGGCAACUAUCGAGUCAUAUGACAGAUUUGAGACAUGUUGUGGUGAAAUCUUUUAGUAUUUAAUAUUUGCUUUUAAAAUCUGAAUGAAUGAACUUGAUGUUAGACAACUUGUUAUGGUUGUCAAUCCGGGUACCAGGGUGUGAUGAUGUAAUGUUGGCCGUGUCCAUGUGUAACAGUGAAGAUCUGUUGCUCUGGUGUAAUUCAAAUAGCUACCAUGUUGUACAGCACACAGAUUUUCAGGAGAUUGUACAUAAUUUAUAUACAUGUAUAUUUGUAUAAUAUAUGGAC